AUGAUUACAAUCAAUGUCGCAAGGAAUCAUCUUGAAAUUAUCCCGAGGUACAUUCACCAGCGAUACGAUCAAGUCAAGUGUUUAUUCAUUGGAUAUGGUGUGAAAGACAUGAGGGGCGACAUGAGAGGAGGAGGGAUGCGACAUCUGCGAACAGCUGGUGCUGGUAGUAGUAGUAGUGGUAGUAGUAGUAGUAGUAGUAGUAGUAGUAGUAGUAGUAGUAGUAGUAGUAGUAGUAGUAGUAGUAGUAGUAGUAGUAGUAGUAGUACUACUAGUAGUUGA